AUGAAAAAUUUGCAAACUGAUCUUGGCUUGAAAGAUCUAAACAUUUUUGCCAGUAUGUUUUCCUUAUUGUCCCCAAGUUUAAGCUCACAACAGUUGCCUGCAAGUUUGAACUUGCCAGCACUGUCAAUUUUUGGUGAGAGUCCUACUCCUGAGCCCGAUGGCCAUAUACAUCCUUUUGAGUCGUUUGUCAAAGUUAUGGACGAAAGCAGACGGAAGGCUAAAUCUAUUACUGCUUGCCCUCAUACUGAGCGCAAACAUUACGCUAAGAAUAUGUGUAAUAACUGCUACCAUAGACUUGGACGUGAUAAGCAAGCUUGGGCUUGCCCACAUGAGGAUCGUCAACAUUAUGCUAAAGGGAAGUGCCAGAUGUGCUACCUUCAGCAUUAUCAUAAAUCGAGGAAUACAGUCAGAAGAAAAGGGAAAAAAAUCACGAAGUUUAAUGAAGUGAAAUCUAAUAGUUAA